AUGACUUCGGAGAUCUCAACCAAACAAGCAGACAUUGAUGUCGACCUCUCCUGCGUGGAAGAUGCAGACCGCAAGCUGACGACGGCCUACACCCUCCAACCAGAAACGAAGCAGACCCGUUCUGGCCUGGAGCGGAGAUUGAUCUGGAAGCAAGACCUACUGAUACUUCCUCUCCUGGCGCUGAUCUACUUCGUGACCUUCCUGGACAGAAACAGUUUUGGCAAUGGUAGACUUCUCGGAUUGCAGAAAGAACUUCGGUUCUCCAACGCGGACUAUUCUCACGCGGCGCAGUAUUUCUUUAUUGGAUACACAAUCUGUAUGUUUCCAGGUUCAGUCUCGUUGAGGUGGAUCCCGCCACAUUGGGUUUUGGGUGGUGCCUGCAUCACCUUUGGCAUAUUUCUGUGCGGCAUGUCGGCAGCAAAGAGUUAUGCUACCGUCGUAGCCACGCGCAUACUCAUCGGCUGUGCGCAGUCGUUCACGCAGAACUCUGGCGUCUACAACAGCUUCUGGUACACACGGCGGGAGAUUGCCACCAGAGGGGCUCUGAUUUUCUCAACGGCAACCCUCUCAGGCGCGUUCAGUGGCUUGAUAGCGUAUGCGGUCGGGGAGAACUUAGCUCACAGUAGCCGCUCGCCGUGGUCGUGGCUGUUCUUGAUUGAAGGAGCCAUUGCGAUCUUGGUCGGGGUUGUUGUGAUCAUUCUUCUGCCUCCCUUCCCGGACAGAAUGAAGAAUGGAGAGAACUGGCUCUUCACCAAGGACGAGAUAAGCCUGGUGAUGGAGAGAACGUCUAGCUGGAACACGACAGGCGCGCGAAUCCAGUGGUCCCAAGUUUGGGAUUGCCUGAAGGACCCCAAAUCAUACGCCUUCGCCAUGUUCAAUGCGACGAGCGGGCUUUGCUUGUCGUCCAUUGGAAUUUUCCUGCCGACAUUCAUUCGCGACUUCGGCUUCAGCAACCUCGAUGCACAGCUGUUCUCAGUCAUCCCGUACGGCUGUGCCUUCUGCACUCUGCUCAUCUUGUGCUACAUUAGCGAUCGGACCAAUCUGAAAGGACCCUUCAUCAUGUUCGGUUUUGCCGUCAAUGCCAUCGGCUAUGCCAUGCUGCUCGGGGUCAAGUCCACUGCAGCCAAGGUUGUUGCCACUUGCUUCAUAACCAGCGGAAUGUAUCCAGCCGUUGUCCUUUUCCUCACAUGGCUGACAAUCAACACGGCUGGGUUCACUAAGCGUGCCACAACGUGGGCGAUGGCAGAAAUCUUUGGACAGCUGUUCUCAAUCAUGGGUGCCAACAUCUAUGACAACGGGCCGAGAUACGUGAAAGGCCACGCGACUGCCAUGGCGUUCUCGUGGCUUUCGGUGUUGAUCGCGGCAGCGUUGAUGGUUGUCCUCCACCGUCAGAACAAGAAGCGAGUUGAUAUCCUGCAGGACUACGCGAGACGAGGGGAGAUCCAUCCUCACAUGAAUAGGUCGUUGGAGGAUGAAAAGGACUUCCACAUCAACUUCAGGUAUACUCUUUAA